GCCUACAUUUGCAUGUGGAGGAGUUGUAUCUGGAGAGUCAGGGUUUAUUGGGAGUGAAGGAUUUCCUGGAGUCUACCCUCCAAACAGCAAAUGUACUUGGAAAAUCACAGUCCCAGAAGGAAAAGUGGUGGUUCUUUCUUUCAGAUAUUUAGACCUGGAAAGUGACAACUUGUGCCGAUAUGACUUUGUGGACGUGUACAACGGCCAUGCCAACGGACAACGCAUUGGCCGGUUCUGUGGCACUAUGAAACCAGGUGCCCUUGUAUCCAACAGCAAUAAAAUGUUGGUGCAGAUGACUUCAGAUGCCAAUACUGCUGGAAGUGGAUUCAUUGCAAAGUUUUCUGCAGCAGAACCACAUGAAAGAGGGGAUCAGUACUGCGGGGGACGACUGGAGAAGCCGUCAGGGUCCUUCCAAACACCCAACUGGCCAGAGCGAGAUUACCCAGCGGGAGUCACCUGCUCCUGGCACAUCGUUGCCCCAAAGAACCAGCUAAUAGAGUUAAAGUUUGAGAAGUUUGAUGUGGAGAGAGACAACUACUGCAGAUACGACUAUGUUGCAGUGUUUAAUGGCGGGGAAAUCAAUGACGCUAAAAGAAUUGGGAAGUACUGCGGAGACAGUCCACCAGCGCCUAUUCUGUCUGAGAGAAAUGAGUUGCUCAUUCAGUUUUUGUCUGAUUUAAGCUUAACGGCUGAUGGUUUUAUUGGCCACUAUAAAUUUAGACCAAAAAAGCUACCCACAACUACAGUUCCACCCACUACCACAACAGUCCCUGCUAUCUCAAUCCCGAAACCGACAGUUGCCCUGUGCCAGCAGAAGUGCAAGAGGAGCGGGACUCUGGAAAGCAAUUACUGUUCAAGCAACUUCGUAAUAACUGGAACUGUAAUCACAGCGGUAACACGGGCUGGCAGUCUGCACGCAACAAUAUCCAUCAUUAAUGUCUAUAAGGAGGGGAAUUUAGCAAUUCAGCAGGCCGGCAAGAGUAUGAGUGCCAAGAUUCUUGUUGUAUGUAAGCAGUGUCCUCUCAUCAGAAGAGGUUUAAACUACAUCAUCAUGGGCCAGGUAGAAGAAGACGGCAGAGGCAAAGUCUUUCCCAGCAACUUUGUGAUGAGUUUUAAGACUAAGAACUCAAAGAUCCUAAAUGCUUUGAAAAACAAAACAUGUUAA